GAUUCUUUUGAGCCUCGGCCAAGUUUUGUGGCCUGUUGGCCGCCUCGUGGAAUCCAGUCGCAACCGAUUUCUCGUCUCUGCGCCUUUUAACCGUACUACGUGUCGCGUUCGUGUGUGUGUGUGUGUACACCGCCUGCGAGUGAGUGCAACCGAGAGGAAGUGCGGUGUUGUGUGCGCGACCAAUGUGUGCGAGAUAGACGAAGAUGACGCGAUGAUCGCGCCGCUGUGUAUCUCCGAGAGCGAGAAGGAAAAGGAGAAGAAGAAGAAGAAGGAGAAGGAAUGAGAGAUCGGUGACGGAAAGAGAGAAAAGGAGUGCGAGAAAGAGAGGGAGAGUGGAGAGGAUGCAAGGUGCAGGGAGACGAAGAGAGAGGGCGGAGGAGGGAACGAGAAACCGUACACGUUUAUUACACGCUGUCCCUUGGAUCGCGCUACAGCCGCUGGCAAGACGUUCCAUUAACGUCGCUCGGUACCUACGCAAUUAUUAUACUUCCUUGUACAGCGCGUUUAAUCGCGAGCGCCACGGUUUUCUUAAUCCUCCGUUGCCUGUCCUCUCCCCUCCUUUUCCACCUACCUCGAGUGGGUUGCAUCGCGGCUCCAUCGAUACUAUUCUUGUUACACGUGCGAUAAUAUAGUAGUGGUGGUAGUGUGGUGGUGGUGGUGGUGGUGGUAGUGGUCGUCGUCGUCGUGUCGUAGUUCCGUGCUGCCGAGUUCUUCUUCUCUCUCGGAGAAGGGAAGAAACGAAGAAAAGUGGUGUCGUUAGAACGAUCGGAACCGCGAUCACGGUCAGGUGUGUUCUCCCUCCGUUCUUUCUUCGCUCGUUUGCACGAUUGUGUUGAUGUGUUGUUGUUACGACGUAGUGGUGCACAGUGUCGGUGUUACGGUGUUGUCGUCGUCGUCACGGCGACGCGUGUAAAACGAACCGUUGCCAGAAAACGCGCGCGCGUGCGUGUUCACGCGCGCUUUUCUCAUCGACUGUUCCGCUGUUGGUGUGAUGGGGCCUCGUGGAGUCGGCUUUUACUAUGAGUUGAGGUCCUGUAAUUAAUCGGGACUGGCAUGGAGAAGGAGAACUCCGCAUCGGGCGGAGGUGGCGGGGGCGGUGGAGGUGGCGGAGGCGAAGCGGCGGCCGCGGCGACUCCAGGCGCCACCUCCGCCUCCGAGAAACUCCAGGCGGACCAGGCCAAUCCGUUGCUCGAUCCAACUGCGCUCUUCGGCGCGUAUUGGCCUCGGAGCGACAGUGCAGCUUCGUCGCUUUUCGGCGGUAUGCCGGGCGGAUAUGGAUUGGGGGCCCAUCAUUUGCCAUCGGCUUACGUACAAUAA